CGCCCUGCGUUUCAAGGUCUUCGCGAAAUACUUGAGAGUCGCACAUGGAGCUGGCUCGUGCACAAACUGCUAACAAGGCAAGAAGUUGCUUCGUUGGUGACAGUGGCAGUGGCGGUGGAGGAGUAUGGCGCAGAACAUAGCGCGAACAGCGGGGCUUCGUGCAUACCUUUACCUCCGAGUCGCUUUACGGCGCCCCACACGCAUCGCAUACAGAGCCUUGAUGUGCACCGCGCCCGACGACAGAAAGGUGGGAGAAAAGGUGACCAUACACUUUAUAAAUCAAGAUGGGGAGAAAAUCACUACCUCAGCCUCUGAAGGGGAGACGUUGUUAGACAUCGUAGUGAACAAGAAUCUGGACAUCAGUGGCUAUGGUGCCUGUGAGGGGACACUAGCAUGCUCCACAUGCCAUCUCAUCUUUGACGAGGAUGUCUUUAAGAAAAUGGGACCAGUUUUGGAUGAAGAGAUGGACAUGUUGGACUUGGCGUACGGACUGACAGACACGUCACGUCUGGGCUGUCAAAUCUGUGUUCAGAAGUGGAUGGAUGGGAUCGUAGUACGUGUACCGCAAGACAUGAAUGAUGUGCGCAGAAAGAAGGAGUCAGCAAGGAAAUGAAAUGUCUACUUGCCAGCCCCCACGCCACUCAAUUGGGUUCUGUCACUUGAGUUUUCCCUAAAAUCACUUGCACAGUCAUCGUGCAGUUGCCCAUGUUGUUAUUUUCAAUAUUGUGACUUGCUAGCAGUAUACUUAAUACUUUUAAUAAUUUGUCAAAUAAGGAGAAAAAUGCAAGGAGCAACAAUAGAAUGAUCCAAAUACAAUGGUCAAUUAUCAGAACUCAUCCACCCAUGUUCAUCACCUACUUUAUCCAGUAAAAUGGAUACCUGUCCAAGCAGCAGCCUCAUGUUCAAAGCAUAAGCCAGCCUUAAAUGCAAUCUUAGGGUCAACACACACUUGCUCAGAUUGGACUAAUUUUACAGUGUACAAUCAACCUAACAUAUGUCUUGAGUAAGUGAGAGAAAAGUGGACUGCUUCAAGCAGUCCCAUACAGAAGUGACGUGCGGUGAGUUUCAUGACUGGUGAGGCAUGGACUCCUUCAGAGUCAGAUUUACAAAUAUAUGAACCCAAAGAGUAGAUUUUUCACUAUUCAGUUGACACCCAGCAUGCACAUUGACUAUUGGUCAUAUUUCAUACCUUAUCAGCAUUGUUUACACACACAUACAGUAGGUAAGGUACAUAUUUGGUUAAGAAAGAACGUUACAUUUAUAGCAGCAAGAGAGCGGAGAAAGUGCAUGUACUCAGCACCCUCCAUGUGUUCUAAAUUUGCCAUUGCAAUUCCACAAUUCAAACUCAUUUAAUACAAAUGAAAGUAUUGAGUGGUGUACAAAAAAAACUGAUUUCAAUUUUGACCUUGCUUGAAAUAUGAUGCUUUAAUCAACUUUAAUGCAUACUGUUCAACAAAAGGAUAACAAGAAAAACAAAAGAAUAUUUUAUUUAAGGUCAAAAUUUACUUUUUAAAUAUU